AUGAGCAUCUACACAAGGAAAAUCCACGCCCAACUCUUGAGAGCCCUUGUUCUUCAAGCUUCCAUCCCGAUUCUGCUGAGCUUCCUCCCUUGUAUAAUAGUCUGGUACACGCCACUGUUGGAGAUUCAAGCUCAAAUGUGAGCAUAUACAAACCCAAGAACUACCCAAUAAUCGGUUCAGAUAUACGAACAGCUUUGCCUAUCCGAUGCUGAGCGCUUUUCCGUGUUGUGAUCCCGUGGCUAUCAUCUUAUUCAUCCCAGACUAUCGACAAGCUGUUUUGGAAUGGCGCCAGAAGCUGGGAACCUUCAGCUUCAAGAAAAACUUGAUCAAUAGUGCCGUAGCAUUGCCGGUUCCAACUACGACGCAGUUUAGUAGUACUUGA